CCGUUGUCAAAGUAAGAUUUUACUUCCCAAUUGUUCAUUAAGAACUGACAGACUACUGUCACAUAUGCAUCCUGAGUUCUUGAGCUCCAAAAGUCAGAAAUACAGUGACAGACGCGACCUUGGAUAUCUCAAGCUGCACAUCACAUGGUGCAUCACGUGACCGCAUAGAUGCUGAUAGUGGGUGCUUUCCAACAAGAGUGCCACAGUGUAACACAGUGUCACACAGAGAGUCACAGUGUAACACAGUUGCGUAGUCUAAUUGGAACAAAUAAGUUACCAAACACGGUCACUAGAGUGCGUAAAAGACUGUGACCUAGUAAAAAACACAGAUUCAAAUUGAAUUAGAAACUUAGCUGUAGAAAAUCCAGAUCAAGACCCGUUAAAUCGGAUUAUUAUUUCGCAAACAAAAGUAUAUUUUCGAAUAUGAAUCAGAGAAUUAAAAUAGAAAUACUGUUUGUCUUGUGCAAAACUGCACCAAAUGCAAAUGAUAGCAGCUCUACGGACGAUAGCUCAAAAGAAUCAAGCAUGAAUAUUAGUACUGACACCUCAAUUUCCUUUUCGACUAGUGAUGAAGAUGUUGAUAUGUUAUAUUUUCCUUUAAUGGAAUAUUUGACAAGCGGAAAUAGAAGACAUCGGAUUAAUAAUUAUAUCGAAAUUGUCGAUUCGUGGACUGAACAAGAAUUUAAAGAACAUUUGCGGUUAUCAAGAUGCACAGCAUUACAUUUAAUUGAUAAAUUUGAACAGUCCGAACAUAUGCCGAAACAGACAUUUGGGAUGAAACCAAUUUCAGCCAAACUAAGCUUCUUACUUUUCUUGUGGUUUAUGUCAAACACUGAGCCCCUGCGUACAAUAUCUGACAGAUUUGAUAUUUCCAUCUCUUCUGUAUUUCGGAUUUUACGUAGAGUGCAGAAUUGGCUACUAACAAAGAUGAAUGAUACAAUUAGAUGGCCACAGGAAGAUUAUAUUGCUGUACGUGAAGGUUUUAGAGUUAAAAAAGGUAUUAACAAUGUAAUUGGGGCAAUUGAUGGAACAGCGAUAAGAAUAGAAAAACCGUCCAUCAAUGAAAAAGAUUAUAGUAACAGGAAAAAGUAUUUCUCUAUUACUUUGCAAGGAGUUGUGGAUGCAAAUAUGAAGUUUACUAAUAUUUACUACGGUGAACCUGGUUCUUUGCAUGAUGCUCGUGUGUUAAGAAGAUCGCCUUUAUAUCAAACAGCAGUGCAUAAUAAAGAAACACUUUUUCCUGAGAAUACAUUUAUACUUGGCGAUUCAGCAUAUGCCUCAUUAUCAUGGCUUGUUCCUCCGUUUCGAGACAACGGUCACUUAACACCACAGCAAAAGGAAUUUAACUUUUUGCAUUCUUCCACACGUAUGGUAAUCGAACGUGCAUUUGGAUAUUUAAAAGGACGUUUUCGCCGAAUAAAAUUUUUUAAUGAAUACCGACAUAUGCCUUUUAUCACAAAUACAGUUGUUUGCGCUUGUAUCCUGCACAAUUAUUGCAUUGAUGAAAAUGAUGCAUAUGAUUUUGUAGAAUAUAAUGAUAAUGAUGCAGUAAAUGCUAAUAAUAAUGAACCAAAUGAAAAUAUUGACUGGGGAAUACAAGUAGAUCGUAGAAUGCAACUUUUUCGAGAGUUGUUUCCCAACUGAUAACAAAAUUUUAGAACAAAAAUUGCGUACCAUCGAACAAAUGGAAUUGUAAAUAAUAAUAUUCUAAUAAUAAUAUUCUAAUAAUGGUUUGUAAUAUUACUUUAUUGCACAAUACUGCUUUAAGGUUUUCCAACGAAAAUGUUGAUCGCGAAAA